AGCAAGGGAGCAAAUGUGAGCUGUGAUCACCAUGAAAGCGUCAACAAGUCUGAGAGUGCGCCUGCCAGUGCUGGUUCUGGUGCUGGAGGUUGUCAUUUUAACUCUUUUUGCUUUGUUUGUCACUUAUGAUGACAAUGCAAAUGCCAAGUUCCAAAACAACCAGACCAACCCAAUGGAGAACUCCCUGUAUAGAGACUAUCCCUUCUUUGCAGAUGUGCAGGUGAUGAUCUUCGUGGGUUUCGGCUGCUUGCUGGCAUUCUUUCGAUUCUAUGGUUUCAGUGGGAUGGUCUUCAACUUUCUCACUGCUACAUUUUCAAUCCAGUGGGCCAUCCUGAUUCAAGGAUUCUUCCAGUUCUACAGUGGUGGUAAAAUCCAUCUAGGAGUGGUUAACCUGCUGAAUGCAGAGUUUGCCUGCGCUGUGGUCCUCAUCUCUUUUGGAGCUGUGAUCGGGAAGACCAGUCCAGUUCAGCUGCUAGUCAUGGCUCUGCUAGAGGUACCGUUCUUUGCUGUGACAGAGUGGGCUGUGUUAAAAUACAUCAGGAUCAAUGACGCAGGGGGGUCUAUUCUCAUUCACUUGUUUGCCUGCUAUUUUGGACUAGGGGUCACGUUUGUCCUGUACCGUCCCAGCCUGAACAAGGGACAUCCUAAAGAGAUUACUAGUUACCAGUCUGACAUCCUCUGUGUUUUGGGGACGCUGUUCCUUUGGGUGUUCUGGCCUUCGUUCAACUCUGCGCUGACCUUAAAGGGUGAUGAUCAACACAGAGCAGUCCUCCACACCUUUAUCGGUCUAAGCUCAUCCACUAUGACUGCCUUUGCACUCUCUGCAGUGUUCAACAAGAGAGGCAAGCUCACAAUGGCCGAUAUUCAGAACGUGACUUUGGCGGGGGGUGUGACAGUUGGAGCUUCUGUGGACAUGAUGAUUUCUCCCGCAGCUGCAUAUGCUCUGGGCAUCAUGGGCUGCACCGCCUGUUUCUUUGGCUACAGAUACCUGACCCCUUUCAUGGCCCACAAGCUGAAGAUCCAAGACCAGUGUGGUAUUCAUAACCUCCAUGGGCUCACCGGCCUUAUAUCAUCUACCGCAGGGAUCUGUGCCAUCCUUCUAGCCACGGAGGAAACCUACGGGCCCAGCAUGUACCAGAUCUUCUCCCACCGUGCUCCACCUGUGGGAGAUCCAAAGCUGCUGGAGCUGCAGGAUCUGAUCCCAGGAUUGAAACCUGGCCUUGGUCGUACAGCGCAGACACAAGCUCUAUAUCAGCUAGCAGCUAUCUUCUCCACCAUUGCAGCGUCAGCAGUAGGCGGGCUGAUCACUGGCUUUGUCAUGAAGCUACCCUUCAUGGCGUCCCCGUCUGAUGAGGACUGCUUUGAUGAUGAACUUUUCUUUGACAUGCCCUCUGACUUUGAGAGAUCAAAGGAUCUUAAGAUCAAUAUAGACAAUGAUGAAAAAGAAAAAGUGAGCUCUGAUACCAAAAGUUAAGCUGUCAUACGGAGCCAGUUAUUCUGAGUUGUUCCUGUUUGUAAUUAUUGUCAUUGCUACUAUUUCCAAAAUGUAGAUAGUUUUGAUAAUUGUUUGAUAGUGUUGUAAAUGUUGAUUGAUUAUUACGUGUGUUGAAGAGUUUGUGUCUGAAACAUAAGCCAAAGGUUUAUUGUUGCAUUUCAAGUUUUGAACUCAAAAUUGCAAUUGACAGGUGAAAGUGUAAAAUAUGACAUGUAACACAA